AUGAGGAGUGAGGGGGAGGGAAAGGGAAAAGUCGCACAGACUUUCCAUUGCUCCUCACACACAGGCUCUACACUGGUUGUGCACCUCUCACACAUCCACUUUGGGGAACUUUCCCUGUGUCUCCUUAUUGUUGUCUGUGGCUGCACUGCUGCCUGGAGGGGCCUUGGACAGCAAUUAGCGGGAUUCCUAUGCACUGAAACCUCUCGGGAUCGUGGGACUAUCGGGGAGAAAUCACUGAGAACUCAUUCACCCUGCUGCACGGGGGAUUCUGUAGCGCCCCUCUUUGGAACCUCACUGGCUGCUGCUGCUUAUUAGCGGGCCCCGGGCAGGGAUUGCGCUGCUUCUGCCCCGGACUUACUUACCCUGCUGCGCUCCGAGCCGCGACCGAUUGACGGAUAAUUAUUUCUCAUUGGCUGGAACGGGACUAGGAAUCUGUCCCCUGGGACGCACGGAGUCUUGCCAGACACACGCCUGAUGUAGAACUGAGGGGAUCCUCUUACAGCGCACUCUCUCCAGGUCUCCCGGGCAGGGAGUGGAACCCCGCAGUACUUGGGACCUCCCAUCGAUAGGUGCGGCUCAUGCUUGCACACAGCUGGACACAUGGGGAUGUCCUUAGUGUGGCGUUCGGGGAAAGCAGGAGGAGGCGGCCACACUGACAGGAUGCUGCUACUCGCGCUACUUGCAUUUCUUCUGGUCAGCCGGACAAUAGCCCGACCAUCAUACAGCAUGGUGGAUGAUACGACUCCUGAACCUGAAGGCAAAAGACGGUGCUGUGUCACUAACAUUCCAGAACCUCCGGCUAAAUACCAAAUCUCCAAAGCUGAUGUCUUUCCCGUUCUGCCUGGUGAGCCACUUGAUCUCCGCUGCCCGCUGGCCGAUGGCCCCCUUGUGACUUGGACUAAAGAUGGGGCAAAGUUAGAGGUCAACAAUAGGACGUUGAUUGUCAGGACCUACUUGCAGAUUAAAGAGAGCACUCCCAGGGACUCAGGGCUCUAUGCCUGUUCAGUGUUAAAAAACUCCCAUUUCUUCCAUGUCAAUGUCACAGAAGCCAGUUCUUCAGGGGAUGAUGAAGACGAUAACGACGGUUCUGAAGACUUCACCAAUGACAAUAACAAUAUCAGAGCUCCCUACUGGACUAACACAGAGAAGAUGGAGAAGAAGCUUCAUGCCGUUCCCGCAGCCAAUACAGUGAAAUUACGCUGCCCUGCAGGAGGGAACCCCACCCCUCGAAUGAGGUGGUUAAAGAAUGGAAAGGAGUUCAAACAGGAGCAUCGGAUAGGUGGAUACAAGGUUCGUAACCAGCACUGGAGCCUGAUCAUGGAAAGUGUUGUCCCAUCAGACAAGGGCAUCUACACGUGUAUUGUGGAAAACGAACACGGCUCCAUUAACCAUACUUACCACUUGGAUGUCAUUGAACGUUCCUCGCACAGACCCAUACUGCAGGCCGGGCUUCCGGCAAACACCACUGCCGUGGUUGGAGGGGACGCAGAGUUUGUCUGUAAGGUGUACAGUGAUGCCCAGCCCCACAUCCGCUGGGUGCGUUAUAUUGAGAAGAAUGGAAGCCGUUUUGGAGUUGAUGGGUUGCCCUAUUUCAAGGUGUUAAAGCACUCGGGAAUUAACAGUUCCAGUGCUGAAGUGCUGAAACUGUACAAUGUGACCGAAGCGGACGCAGGGGAAUAUAUAUGUACGGUCUCCAAUUAUAUAGGAGAGGCCAACAAGUCUGCCUGGCUCAUGGUGGAGCGUGAAAAAGCUCCCGUGAAUCCACUGGAAGACAACCCCGUCCCCUAUUACAUGGAGAUUGGUAUCUACUCCACUGGUAUCUUUAUAAUCUUCUGCAUGGUAGUGGUCUGCGUGGUGUGCCGAAUGCGGCAAGGAGCCAAGAAGAAAAAGAACUUCACCGGGCCUCCGGUGCACAAACUCACCAAACGAAUACCGCUCCACCGCCAGGUAACAGUUUCUGCAGAUUCCAGCUCAUCGAUGAACUCUACCACUCCACUCGUGAGGAUCACAACACGACUCCUGAACAGUACCGACGCCAUGCCCUUAGCGAAUGUGUCUGAAUAUGAGCUACCACAUGACCCCAUGUGGGAGUUCUCAAGAGACAAGCUGACACUGGGCAAACCGCUCGGUGAGGGUUGCUUUGGGCAAGUGGUCAUGGCCGAGGCGCUUGGGAUUGAUAAAGAACGUCCCAAGGAGUCUGUGACAGUGGCAGUAAAGAUGUUGAAAGAUGAUGCUACAGAGAAAGACCUAGCAGAUCUGGUGUCAGAGAUGGAGAUGAUGAAAAUGAUCGGGAAGCAUAAAAACAUCAUCAACUUGCUAGGAGCCUGCACACAGGGAGGCACGCUCUAUGUUAUUGUUGAAUAUGCUGCUAAAGGGAACCUGCGUCAGUACCUCAGGGCCCGGCGCCCUCUUGAGAUGGAGUACUCAUUCGAUGUCACUAGGGUUCCUGAUGAGCAGAUGACCUUCAAAGACUUGGUAUCAUGCACUUAUCAAAUAGCAAGAGGCAUGGAAUACCUGGCAUCCCAAAAGUGUAUACACCGGGAUUUGGCAGCCAGGAACGUGCUGGUCACUGAAAACAAUGUUAUGAAGAUUGCAGAUUUUGGUCUGGCGCGAGAUGUCAAUAACAUUGAUUAUUAUAAAAAGACAUCCAAUGGCCGACUUCCUGUCAAAUGGAUGGCACCGGAAGCUUUAUUCGACAGGGUUUACACUCAUCAGAGUGAUGUGUGGUCAUUUGGUGUAUUAAUGUGGGAGAUAUUUACCCUGGGGGGAUCUCCGUACCCCGGAAUUCCUGUUGAGGAACUAUUUAAGCUGCUGAAAGAGGGACACCGGAUGGACAAGCCAGCGAACUGCACCAAUGAACUGUACAUGAUGAUGAGGGAUUGCUGGCACGCCAUCCCCUCUCACAGACCCACCUUCAAGCAACUGGUGGAAGAUCUGGAUCGCAUUCUCACACUCACAACCAAUGAGGAAUACCUCGACUUAAGUGCUCCCCUGGAGCAGUAUUCCCCCAGCUUCCCUGAUUCCUCCUGCUCCGCGUCCUCCUCCUCCGGUGACGAUUCAGUGUUUUCUCCCGACCCCAUGCCUCAUGACCCCUGCCUUCCCAAGUUCCAACACGUUAACGGCGUUGUAAAGACAUGAAGCCUAUUGCGUUCUGCAGCUCCCCUAUAAAGACUGCACGUCUCGCGGACAGAUUCUGCAGAACGCAGAGGAAUGUGGACAUUCCAGUUGAAGAGGACACGCUAAAAAAAAAAAAAACAGCGUUUUGCCAAUUCCGUCGAACUCAUAAUUCCCCAAGGGGGGAUUUAUUAAAUGGCGGUAAAACAGCGCUGAUGGCGUAGCAAAGCACAUGGACAGUAUGGAGGAUGCGCCAAGCUGGGAUUUUAACUUGUUACUACUUCAGAUGUUCACAAAUACUUCUCUGUCUCAUUGGGAUCAUUCACUUGGACUCAAGGCAAAACGUUUUUUUUGUUUUUUUAAAUUUUGCCUUUCUUGUUAAUUUUGUAAUAUUUUGAGAAAAUAUAUUCCAGCACCUCUAAUCCCUUCACCAGAGCACAUACACAGCAUUGUUGCUGCUGGAUAUAACUGUAAAUAUAUUCCAAAUAUGUAUAAAUAUAUAUUAUAUAUUUACAAUGAAUUAUUUUUUGUAUUGAUUCUAAAAAAAAAACAAAAAAAAAAACACACACACAACAAAAAAAAAAAAUAUUAACUUGCUUGGGUUAAUACCAGCAAGUCACCUAAAUGGGGAGGUAAUUGCCAAAUUUUGUAAUAUAUGCAUCCUAUACUAAAAAAAAAAACUAACCCAGAUUUAAUUUAUUAGCACACAAGAAACACAGAAGCCCCAGCGGGUUGUAGAAAUGUACAAACAGGUUUCUGGCCGAGUUUUUUUUUUUUUUUUCUAAAUAAUGUUUUAGGCCAGUGCUUGUCAUUAACUUUAAGAAGAAAAAAAAAAAGAAAAUUCACAUAUAUUUUUACCAUGAAAUCACAAAGGCAAGCUACAGAGAGCAGAUUGUAUAGAGCUUUAUUGUACCGGUAUUUAUGCUGUAAUAUAGAAAAAGGAACAAUUUUUUUUCAUUAAAAAAAACUAUUCUAUUGGCCUUCUCCCUGAAGUUGAUGUGUAAGUCUGUACAAUGUAUACUAAGAAAUGGUAAGCUAAGACUGUAAAUAAAAACCUUGCUGCUG